GGGUGAAACAAGUGCAUAACCGACGACUGCUCGUUCUUCAAUCUUCAUCCACAAAAACAAUUAAGACAUCAAUAAGCUUGAGAAAAGACGCUCAACUUAAUCAAUGAUCAAAAUUUCCAUAUUCGGCUCAAAACCUGAAGAAUCUGGCAUCUGGCUACCCAAAUCGAGCACCAUUGUGGUUCCUUGAUUCCCUGGUUUUAUUCGGCUCAGAAUCUAGGGAAAAUCGACCCUUUGGAGUGCCAAAUGGUAGGAGGGUUUUCGUUAACUUUUCGAAGUAUAUCACAUUCAGGUCAGUGUGCAAACAGUAUAUCAAGAGAGCUAGCAUGGAGAAGGUCCAGAAGCAGAAUUAAUAGGGUUGGUACUAGAAGUUCUAGGAUAUCUGCUUCAGUGCAUAAAAAAAUGGAGAAUAUACGCGUCUUUGUGGUCUCAGACUUGCAUACUGAUUAUGCAGAGAACAUGGCUUGGGUAAAGUGCAUAUCUUCCAGAAGCCACCAGGAGGAUAUCCUUCUUGUUGCAGGGGAUGUGGCAGAGACAUAUGAUAAGUUCUUCUCGACUAUGUCUCUUUUAACUAGAAGAUUCAAGCAUGUCUUCUUUGUGCCGGGAAACCAUGAUCUUUGGUGCCGCAAGGAGGGGGAAGACUUUCUUGAUUCACUUGACAAGCUCAAUGCGCUGCUUCAUGCAUGUGGUGAACUUGGAGUGGAAUCAAACCCUCUGAUCAUAGGUGAUUUGGGAAUCAUACCCCUCUUCUCGUGGCAUCAUGAGAGCUGUAUGGAUUUUAGAGUUUUGACACAGAGACGGACAUAACUGGAAUAAGAGUUCCUUCCUUGAAGAUGGUAUGUAAAGAUUUUCAUGCCUGCAGAUGGUCUGCUGAGCUCUGUGAUAGGGAUGAUUCUCUUGCUCG